AUGGAUCAGCCAGGGCUUCUUCGACGCGAAGUGGCUGAUAGCCAGUUCCGGGACAACACCAUCAUCCUCCAGGGCGAUGUCCACGGCAAUAUCAACUUGCCUCAGCAGCCGUCCACUGCAUCAUCCGCCCGACCGGCUGUGCGUGUGAUCCCCUACCCCCGCAAUGAAGAUGUAGUUCCCCGCCUGGACCUUAUCAAUCGGCUAGACACGCUAUUGCCCCAGACUUCGAAACAUUGCAGUGCUGUGCUGUGGGGCCUGGGCGGAUCGGGGAAAACGCGGAUUGCCCUGGAUUAUGCGUACCGGUGGUGCGAUGACGAGAGCUGCUCUGUCUACUGGGUGCAUGCCGACAGCGAGGCAACAUUCGAACACGACUAUCGAGCGAUCGCAAAGCAACUUGAUAUCGACCGAACGCUGAAAGGCGAAGACUUACUCGCUACGGUGCGCAGGCGCAUCGAGGCGCAGCCAAAAUGGGUCCUCAUCCUCGACAACGCCGACGAUUUGACACUCUUCGGUAUCGGACCGGCGGCGGAACAGAAGACGAACCUAUACAAAUACAUUCCCAGUGGAACAGUUUUGUGGACAAGCCGUGACGAACGAGUCGUGGGGACUUUGGUUGGCCCACGGCGGGGUAUCAACGUAGCCCGCAUGACAUCAAACGAAGCAGAAAACCUCCUCGCGAUGACACGGGAUGAAGAGAUCAGCGAGGGCGAUGCGGAGACUGCUCUGUUGAAAGAACUCCAAUGGCUUCCACUAUCCAUCUCACAAGCUGGCGCUUACAUGCGAAGGACAUCAACCACAGUCAAAGAGUACUUGCACCUCCUGGCACAGGGCAGGCAACGAUGGGAUGUUCUAAAGACAACUGAAUUUGACCGAUAUAGGAGGCCGGAUGUGCCCAACAGCGUCCUGGAGACUUGGAGCAUCUCAAUCAACCGAAUCCAACAGGAGAGCGAGAUGGCGUAUAGGAUUCUCCACGUCAUUGCAUAUCUCGACAACCAAAAUAUCCCAAAUGAGGUAAUGGAAGCCGUUAUUAAGUAUGAUGAUGGGGACAGCGAUGACGAUGAAGAUGACCGGAUUGAUCGCGAGCUUAUCCAAGCCAUAACACGGCUGAAAGAGUACUCUUUUAUUCGCAUGCGUCAAAUGAAAGAUGGCAACCGAAGCUACGAGAUGCAUAAGCUCGUACAGGAGGCUACACGACAUGGUCUGACUGUGAGGAAACCGACUGAGACAGGUGAAGAAAACAUGCUGGGUGUAUGUUUUCCAAGGGAGCAGAACGACAAAUACUUCUCAAGCAUGGCUAUACGAAUUGUGGCGACUCUUUUCCCUAUACCUGAACCGGAAAUGUGGCUACUGUGCGAGAAGUAUAUCGCCCAUGCUGUACAGGUGGCAGAGUGGGCAGAGAUUUGCAAAGAGCAAAUUGAGGUAUCAAAGCUACUUAGCUCGGUAUCUGAGUUCCUCCAUUCUCAAAGACGAUGGAGAGAGAGAGAGAGAGUAGACGAAUGGAUUCUGCGCCUUCGCCGAGAGGUGCUUGAAGAGAAGCAUCCGGACACGAUUGACAGUAUGGCGCGCCUUGUUGUAACAUAUCUUGCGCAGGGCCGCUAUACUGAGGCUAUGGACAUCCAUACCAAUGUGUUAGAAAAGAGGCGAGAAGUCCUUGGAGAUGAAGACCCAGCCACUAUCUGGAGUAUGAGGGAAGUUGCAUUAAUGCAUGGGAUGCUGGGUCGAUAUAAUGAGGCCGAGCUGAUGAAUCUUAAAGUACUAGAUCUCCGACGGUUCGUGCUUGGAGAGAGGCACCCGGACACGAUUACGAGUAGAGCAGACGUUGCAACAACAUAUCACAGACAGGGCCGUUAUGAUGAGGCCGAGCCUAUAUUUCUUCAAGUAUUAGAUCUUCGGUGGACAGUACUCGGAGAGAGGAAUCCGGAUACAAUUCAGAGUAUGGCAGAACUUGCAACGACGUACCAUCAACAGGGCCGAUAUGCCGAAGCUGAGGAGAUCUCGGCCAAGGUGUUAGAUCUUCGGCGGGAGCUGCUUGGAGACAACCAUCCCGACACCCUUCAAGCUAUGCGCGAUCUGGCUAUUACUUGGAACAGCCGUGGCCACCGCCAUAAAGCACUUCCCCUCUUGCAACAAUCUUGGCAAUUGCAAUGUUCUAUUCUAGGACCAGAUCACCCUUGGACGAAACAAUGUGAAAAAUUAUUAGAGUCGUGGGGAUGACACAGGACUUCAUUGAAGCAAGUUAUAGAUAGCGUAGUAGGGGACAAGAAGACCAUUGAGCAUUGGUAGUAAUUGCACGUUUCUUCCUCAGUUCUUUCAACGUG